AUGGCCCCGCCGCGCCGCCGCCCCCGCCCGCCCGAGCGGCCCUUCGUCGUGCUCGGCCCCCUCCGGAAGCGUCGUGCGCGUUUCGCCGCUCCGCACAGGAACUGCGCUCAGGUAAUGGAGUCUUGCAGCUCUACCAGCAUUUCUGAGAGCAAAUCGACGACUUCUGAAAGUGAAGAUGAGAUAGAGUUUGUUGGAGAAGAACCCUUAAGACCUGUACUUGAAUGCAUUGAUCUUGUCAGUAGCGAUGAUGAAGAACCUAACAGCAGUUCUUAUGCUCAUAGAAAUACUAAGCGUAAGGAUUACAUUGACUAUCAGAAAGAAAGAGUUGCAUCAACCCUGGAUCGCCUGGCACGCCAUGUUGAAGUGGAGAAACAGCAAAAGGAAGAGAAAAACAAAGCCUUCAAGGAGAAAGUUGACUCGCAGUAUGCUCACGGGUUGCAGGAACUAGAAUUUAUUCGGGAACACAGUGACACAGAAGCUGCAAGAUUAUGUGUGGACCAGUGGUUAAAAAUGCCAGGUCUGAAACCAGGCACUGUUAACAGUGGAAGAAGGGGUGUUUGUCAGAGAGCAGGUCAGAUGCAAGUCAACAGAAGUCCUAUUUCUUGUCCUGUGAUGCAUUGCAACAGAAAGUUUGAUAAUGGACAUCUGCUCCUAGGUCACUUGAAAAGGUUUGAUCAUUCUCCUUGUGACCCAACAGUCACAUUACUUGGACCCCCAAAUAAUGCUGUUGCCUGUGUGAUAUGCUGCCAAAUAUUUUCAAGCUUUCAGCAGUACAGUGAUCAUCUUUUAUCUAAGCUAAAUCAAGAUGACGGACAUGAAAAAGAUCUCCCUCCACAACACAUUCAGUGUUUUGCAUGCCCAUGCUGCUUCCUCCUCUUCACCAAAAGAGAUGAAUGCUUGAAGCAUAUGUCAGGAAAGAACCACUUUCUCCAGCUUUCUAAACUGAAUGAAAUGAAGGCUGAUGUUCCUCUACCUUUCCCAUCCUAUGCAAAGAAGCUGCUGAUAUCUCUCUGCAAAGAGGUUCCCUUCCAAGUGAAAUGCAUGUCCUGCUUACAGAUAUUACGCUCCCAUAUGGAACUAACAGCUCACUUCAGAACACGUUGUCGUAAUUCUGGCCCUAUGGCAGUGUCCAAGAAGAGGAUCUCCCAGGUUGCAGAGAUAUUCAGAACAAAAGGUCACUGUGAGAAUUGUGAUGAGCUUCUUGUUGAUGACAAUCAGAUCAUGCAGCAUAAGCAAAGCACUAACCAUAACGUUAAAGUUCUUACUACAAUGGAAGAGUCCAUCUUGAUGUUCUGUCAUAUCAAUGAAAAAAAUAAAAAUGCAUCUCAUGUGUGCCAUACUGUGGAUUGGUCACGACCAUUGCUUAAGAGACAUGUGAGCUCAAAUGAGUCAGCCAGUGAAAGUGAAUUUACUCCUUCGAAAUGGAAAAGUGAUUUAAAAAAAAACAACGAAGAUCAUGUCAGAAACCAAAGCCAAGAUAGUGCUUGUAAAGUGAAAACCUGGUUUUGUGAAUGCCUUCAAAAGUAUCUUACAGAAGAGUCAGUAGAAAAACAUAUUUUGUCGGCAAAUAGGAUCUGUCACAAAUGUGCUGUAUGUGGAAAGCUUGCUGAAAACUCAAGCAUCAUCCGCCUGCACAUGAGCCGAUUUCACGGAGGGGCACACCUGACGAACUUUCUGUACUGGUGCAGGGCAUGCUCUGUAGAUCUCCUGAAAGAGGAGGAUAUUAUGAGACAUGUGACUGAGUUCCAUGGCGGACAUAGUUACUAUUAUGAGCAAGAAGCUCUUGAAGAUGAACCUAUGCCGUCAGCUUCUAACACAGCGUACAUUUCCAAAGAUGAAAGGAAAGACUCCAUUCCUAGCUGCGUGGAAAUCUCUCCUGAAAAAAUUCCUCAUCUGGGAAAAUGGCAGUGCCAGAUUUGUGAAGAGAUGUUUGAAUCUGAAGACAGCGUUAAGCAGCAUUGUAUGUCCAUAGAAAGCCACGCGUUUCACAGGUACUGCUGUGGAUUGUGCAAAAAUCACUUUCGGAAGGUAGGGACGCUGCAGCGGCACUUCCAAGAGCAUCAUAAUGGAGAGAUAAAAAUUAAAUACUUCUGUGGCCUUUGUGGCGAUCUCUUUUUUGACGUAGAGGAAGAAUUUCUAAUCCACUAUAAGGAGUCUCACAGCAUGGACUAUGUCUUUGUGCCCGAGCAGAUGGAAAUAUCAAUAAAAAAAGAAGAUGACUUCCUCCCAGAAGAAAAUGGAGACUAUCUAACCUGUGGUUGCCGGACAACUUACAUCUCCAAAGUAAACAGGAGGAAUGAUUCCGUGAACUGUCAGAAAGCCAUGCUGCAGGAAGGAAACUUAUGGUUUCGCUGCUGCUUGUGUUCUGCAACUGCACAGAAUUUUGCAGAUUUGAACAGUCAUCUCAACAGCCACACAUCAGUGAAAAGUAAGCGAGAGAUGUAUGUUGUUAGAUGUGCUGCAUGCAACAAAAAUUUUGAUGAUCUUCAGAGUGCACAUCAGCACUAUCACAUGAAACACUGCUUCUUACAGAAACCUGAUGUAUCAAGCUUUGCAUCAGAACCAGAAAAUGGAGUAUUCAAGUUCACGGCAAGUGGGGCUUGUGUGGAGAAAAAGCCCCAUGAAUUAAAAUCUCAUGCAAAUCCAUCCAAGACUCAGAGAAGAUCACAGUCUCCUCCCCUGCAGGGACCAAGCCAUGGGAAGAAAGGAAAAAUUGAAAAUUCAGCAUGCUCCAAAGAGCCUGACAGUGAACUUCCAGAUCUCGACUAUUUGAGUACCAUGACUCACAUUGUGUUGGUGGAUCUGGACAACUGGGGAAGCUUAUUCACACAGCUGCCAGCUAACCUGAACCAAGGAACAUUCAUCUGGGGCUUUCAAGGAGGAUACAGUAACUGGAAACCUCCAGUGCAGUGCAAAGUUUAUAAUUAUCUUAACAAGAUUGGAUGUUUCUUCCUUCAUCCACGUUGUGGUACCAGAAGAGAGGCAGCAGACUUUGCAAUCUGUGUUCAUGCUGGUCGGCUGGAUGAGCACCUGCCCAAGCAAAUUCCUUUCACUGUACUUUCUGGAGACAAAAGCUUCUUGGAACUGGAAGCUCAAUUUAAGAUGACUCAGCGGUCAGCUCGCAUUCUAAAUCCCCAUCACAUCGAAGGAGACAUGAUGUGUGCCUUGCUAAACAGCAUUUCAGAUACCACAAAAGGUUCUGAUAGUGAAGAGGAUGACGAUACCAAACUAACAAUGAGAAGGAGUUUAGAAGAAAUAAAGAAACAAGAAGAGGAUGAUGCAGAAUUAGAAGAAGCUAUCAAGAGAAGCCUUGAGGAAAUGUAAAUGAAAAUACUUCUGUAUGCUGAUACUUUGUCAUCAAAGCUGCUCACAAAAAUGGAAGCUUGUUCAUCUAUUUACAAAGGCUUAGAAAUUCUGCUUCAAAAACAUGUUUGUAUCUUGAAUUGUUACAUCUAUAAUCUCACAUUCUCUGUAAUACUGAUGGGCAGCUGGAGUUUAUGGAUAUCUGCUGCAAUAUAUUCUGUAUGAUAAAAAAUACAUUUUUAAGUCUUUACACAUUCUGUUUCUGAUGGAUGAUGGCAAACUCUCACUGGUCUAGCUGUAUAAAUUGUUGCCCAGUCAGUGGGCUGAUGUUACUAUAUGUUCAGUUGUUUUUUGUUUUGUUUUAAUUAUUUUAUUAAUUGGUUCUUAUAUUUAAUUUUUCUGUCACAAAAUGUGAUUGUCUUUAUUUACUUUUCCAUGUGGUCUUUGCAACAGAUAAAAAUAGUAAACUUCAAUUGUCUCAGACUGACUUGCUUAGCUAAUCUUGUUAUAAAGAGAAGCUUAGUUCCCAGACAUGUAAGUUGAACAUAGCCUCAACUCUUGUAUGUGGAUGGUCUUGUCUUAUAGACCACAGGUUUUUUCUAUACGUUGUCUGUUAUAAAUGGCAGAAUCAGGACUGUGAACUGCACAGGUAGUUUCUGUUAUCUUUAUUUUUAUAAAUGUGUCUUUUUUCAAUAGUAGCACGGAAGCGAUGGCUUGAAGUAUGCCAGGUUUGGUACCUCCUUCUGAUCUAAGGAAGGAACAAAUUUGAAAGUGAACAAAAGCCAAGUAAACUUUCCAAUUCCAGUUUGAAAUAGACGUGAAUGAAUUUCAGACAUAUAGUUCCUAUAUACUGGUCAUCUUUACUGGUCCCUUCUGUUUAUGAAGAUGUGGCCUGGGAUAAAGAAAUUGUGGCUGU